AUGGAUCAAAAAAACAAGAAUUCUAAAAAACCCGUUUAUUCAAAAUUUUCGCAACAAGAGCUUCCUGCUUGGAAGCCAAUCCUAACCCCUGGAUGGGUGAUUGCAUCAUAUAUAACAAUCGGGGCACUUUUCAUCCCGAUUGGGCUUUUAGCAUGGACAGCAUCCGACAGCGUUGUCGAGAUUGUUGAUCGCUACGAUGAAGCGUGUGUUCCCGACGACUUUAGCAAGAACCCCCAAUCAUAUAUUCAAAAUCCCGACAUUAAAAAAACAUGUACAAGGUCUAUAAAAGUGCCAAAGAAACUAGUUGCCCCAAUAUUCGUGUAUUAUCAACUUGAAAACUUCUACCAAAAUCAUCGUAGAUUCGUAAAGAGUAAAAGCGACAAGCAACUACGUGACGUAAAAGCUGAAAACGAUACAAAGUUUUGUCUCCCCGUAGCAUACGACUAUGAUAAUAAACCAAUUGUUCCUUGUGGAUUGAUAGCUUGGAGUUUGUUCAAUGACACUUACAAAAUAUCAACACGGGGGAAAGAUAUAAGCAUCGAGAAAAAGGGCAUCGCGUGGAAAAGUGACGCCAAAGCCAAGUUCGGUUCAAAUGUGUACCCCAAGAACUUCCAAAAGGAUGGCUUGAUAGGGGGCGCAACCCUUGAUGAAAGCAUACCCCUAAGCGAGCAAGAGGAUCUGAUGGUGUGGAUGAGAACCGCGGCUUUGCCUACUUUUCGAAAGCUAUACGGGAAGAUAAAUACGGAUAUAGAGGCGCAUGAUACAAUAAAGGUGGAGAUACAGAACAACUACAACACAUACAAAUUUGGUGGACGAAAGAAGCUUGUUCUUUCUACAACAACUUGGAUAGGUGGGAAGAAUGAUUUUGUUGGGAUGGCUUACAUAAGCGUUGGUGGUAUAUGUUUGUUUAUGGCCAUAAAUUUUAUACUUUUGUAUGUAUUCCGUCCACGACGUCUUGGAGAUCCAUCCUAUUUGUCAUGGAAUAGACAUCCGAUUACUUGA